AUGAGGAAGACACUUCUUCUCGUGUUUAUUCACGGCUUCAAGGGUGGUGACGAUACAUUUGGCACCUUUCCAGAACAUCUGCGCGUUCUCGCAAGCAAGGCAUUGCCAGCCAUCAAUGUCGUCACAGCCGUCUACCCCAAGUAUGAGACUAAAGGUGACCUGAAAGAAUGUGUUGGGAGGUUGCGUGACUGGCUGCAAGAUACUGUUAUUGAUCUGGAAGUCGCCAACCAUACUGCAUCGCCCACCGUUGAUCCCUCCGUUCAUGUUGCUCUGAUCGGUCAUUCAAUGGGAGGAAUAGUAGGAGCCGAGGUUUUGCUUUUAUUAGCAGCUGAGCAACCAAUUUCACAUGGUCCGACACCAAACACAGAACAUAUUUCAAGUGAGACCGACCCUAUCGUGGAGCCGGGCACAUUCAUGUUCCCUCAUGUCCAAGGAGUUCUUGCCUUCGACACUCCAUUUUUAGGUAUAGCCCCAGGAGUCGUGUCUUAUGGCGCGGAAGAGCAUUAUCGAAAUGCUGCCACCGCCUACAAUACCUUUUCAGAAGUUGCAGGAUUGUUCGGAUACGGCGGGAAAGGCGACACCUCGGAUAAGCCCGCCGACAAAGCACCUCCAAAAGAAACACCCAAAGCUUUGCCUGCAGCUGAUGCUGCUGCAACACCUCAGUGGCAGAAAUGGGGCCGAUAUGCCAUGUUUGCCGGCGCGGCUGGUGCAGUUGCUGCAGGUGGUGCAGCUGCCAUGUAUACUCAGCGACAAAAGCUCACCGACGGGUUCACAUGGGUAUCAUCGCAUCUUGAGUUUGUCGGUUGUCUCGCGCGCACUCAGGAGCUGCGCCAGCGUCUCGUGCGUCUUUCGAGUGUGAAGGAGGAACGUGGAAUCGGGUGCGUGAAUUUCUACACAUGCCUUGGAAAAGGCGCAUCUUCUCUCGUGGAGAAUACAUCAGCAAGCCAAACAUCCUUCAGUCAAAAAAUUAUUCGAUCAAAGAACAGGACCUUCUGCUCCUUACCAAAUGAGGUGGAGAACGGAGAGGAGUCUCGAAGCCCGGGGCUUCUCUGGAACAAGGCUGUCAACGACCGCGCCACCGAUGAGGUGAAUGCGCACGUCAACAUGUUCUUAUCAAAGCAGAAUCCUGCUUUCUUCGAGAUGCUUAGUGAAGCGUGUGCGGUACUAGUUAAGUCAAUCGACAAAGGCUGGUACAACUCGUCCACUCAAUCAUCCGAGCCAGAUCCAUCCAAACAACCAGACGCAAAAGGCACAACCGAUGAAGACUUCAUGGAUGCCGAUGAUGUGGUCGUCGUUGACUGA